AUGCCCGCAAAACACCGGGGAUUUUUGCCGACCACCUACCACAACACAAUGUCGGCCAAGCGCGUCAAGACGUCCGCCGAGGAGCGCAUCUUCAUGUUCUCCUCCGAGUCUGUCAACGAGGGCCACCCCGACAAGCUGGCUGACCAGGUCGCCUGCGAGACCUGCACCAAGGACAACAUGGUGAUGGUCUUCGGCGAGAUCACCACGGCGGCGAAGCUCGACUACGACAAGAUCGUCAAGAAGAUCGGCUUCGACUCCUUCGUCGACGACCUCUCGUCGGCGAAGCGGACCGAGGAGCAGCCGGGCACCGACUUCCGCGGCAAGUACACCGGCGCCGAGCAGGUGAUCCUCGCGACGCUCAAGUCGAUCAAGCUCAAGAACGGCAAGGACGCCACCUCGAUCUACAACCGCGGCGAGUGCAACCUGCACAUCAACCCGUCGGGCAAGUUCAUCAUCGGCGGCCCGCAGGGCGACGCCGGCCUCACCGGCCGCAAGAUCAUCAUCGACACGUACGGCGGCUGGGGCGCGCACGGCGGCGGCGCCUUCUCGGGCAAGGACCCCACCAAGGUGGACCGGUCCGCGGCGUACGCGUGCCGCUGGAUGGCCAAGUCGGUGGUCAAGUCGGGGCUCGCCAAGCGCGCGUGCGUGCAGCUGUCGUACGCGAUCGGCGUCGCCAAGCCGCUCUCGCUCUUCGUCGAGACGUACGGCACCGAGCAGGGCGAGCUGACCGCCGCCGCCAUCACGGAUCUCGUCAAGCUGUACUUCGACUGCCGCCCGGGCGCGCUCGCCCGCGACCUCGCGCUGCGCCAGCCCAAGUACAACGUCACCGCCGCGUACUGCCACUUUGGCCGCGAGCCGUACGCCGAGGGCGACCUCAAGUUCUUCUCGUGGGAGGACGCCAAGGACCUGUCCAAGUACGCGGGCAUGAAGGCAGCUGAUAGAUGGGGAAUACCUUUCACACUGCAGGCUGCCGACAUCGCGACGGAGGUCGAGGGCAAGAAGGCCGAGAUCCUGACCAAGUGGGUCGACUAG